AUGAUUGAUGUGCUUGACAUGAUCGAGGAAGAUGGAACAAGCUCGGAGCAAAGAGGUGACGCAAAGCUUUUGUUGAAAUGUAUGCAAUCUUUUGAAUUUAUUUUCAUCUUGCACUUGAUGAAAAAAGUUUUGUCAAUUACUCAUGAGUUAUCUCAAGCAUUACAAAGAAGUGAUCAAGAUAUUGUUAAUGCCAUGAAAUUAGUCAAAAUGUCCAAACAAAAGUUACAAACUAUAAGGGAUAGUGGUUGGGAUUCUUUGCUCGAUGAAGUUUCAUUAUUUUGUGAACAUCAUGAAGUUGUCAUCCCAAAUAUGGAUGAUACCUAUCAAACAUUUAAAAAGUCAAAACGCAACUCAGAGAAAGUUUCUAACUUACAUUACUUUCAAGUUCAAUUCUUCUAUCAAGUGAUUGAUCGACAACUUCAAGAGUUGAAUAAUCGUUUUUCAGAAGUGAAUACUGAGUUGCUUCUUUGUAUAGCUUGUUUAAACCCAAGAGAUAGCUUUUCUGCAUUUGAUAAGAAGAAUUUGAUUCGUUUAGCUGAAUUUUAUCCUUCAAAAUUUUCUCCUGUUCAACUUUUGGAACUAGAUUCUCAACUUGAAAAUUAUAUUGUAGAUGUAUGCUCUGAAGAUGCAUUUUAUGAAUUAGAGGGGAUUGGUGAUUUGAGUAUAAAGAUGGUGGAGACAAGGAGACAUAUUGUGUAUCCGUUGGUAUAUUUGCUUUUAAAGUUAUCUUUGAUACUACCUGUGGCAACUGCAACAGCUGAAAGAGCUUUCUCAGCUAUGAAGAUUAUCAAGACUCAGUUGCGAAAUCGAAUGGGUGAUCAAUGGAGUGGCAAAGCCCUUAAAGAAAUGGCUCGUCCCAAUACUAGUGGCAAUUGCCCCUGCAUCUAUUUCGACAACUACUGCAAUGACACAAUAAGAGUUGGUGGCUUUUUUACCACCAUUAACAACUUUUCAUGUGACCCCUAA